GUUACUACAAGGCUCGGAGGAGCGGAGGAGCCUUCAGCAAUGGGUGACUGUGAGGCUCAGGAGAUGAUUAUUUUGCAUGAGAAGAGGGGUUUUAAUUUCCCGUCCUGGUUUUAUUCAUGGAGGGAAAAUGAACGCCGGGCCGGCUUCCGAUCGGAACGGAAAUGCGACUCCGUCGACCAGGCAAAGGACAAAAAUGUAGCCGAUCACCAGACUGACCCUUAUGCCUGACCACACUGAUGUCAGCCUCCCCCCUGAGGACCGAGUCAGAGGUCUUAUUCAGAUGGGGAGUUGUGUGGAGGUGAAUGAAGAUGUCCCACCAAGGAGGUACUACCGUUCUGGGAUUGAAAUGAUCCGAAUGGCAACUAUCUAUUCUGAGGAAGGCAACAUCGAAAAUGCCUUUAUAUUAUAUAACAAAUACAUCACGCUUUUCAUAGAGAAACUUCCAAGACAUCGUGAUUACAAAACUGCUGUAAUUCCAGAGAAAAAAGACACAGUGAAAAAACUGAAAGAAAUUGCAUUUCCUAGAGCCGAGGAGCUGAAGAAGGAGCUUAUAGAAAAAUAUAACAAAGAAUAUGCAGAAUACAAUGUGCGGAAGAAGAAGCAGGAGGAGGAGUUUGCACGUAGCUUGGCUCUGCAGCAGCAGCUGGAGGAGGAGAGGCAGAGGGUAGCCCUGAUGAAGCAGCAACAGGCAGAACAAGAGCAGUUUCAUGCCUUCGAGGAGAUGAUCCGGCGCCAAGAGCUGGAGAAGGAGCGCCUGAAAAUCCUGCAGCAGUUCGGAAAACAAGAGCCGGUCCCAGACUCCUUGGAGGGCCCCUUGGUUCCUGGAGUGGUCACGCCCCCAACUGAUGCAAAAACUCCUUGCCAUCCUAUACAGCCUUCAAGCCCCGGUGGAGGAGCUGUGGUGCCAAAGCCCCCCGUUGUGGACAGAUCUUUGAAACCUGGAGCUUUAGGGACCCCAGAAAGCCACGCAACUAUAGAAGGACUUCGCCACAUUAUUGUUCCUAGGGAGCUCUGCCACAAGUUUCUCCAGCUGGCUGAUGCAAACACCGCAAGGGGUGUGGAGACCUGUGGGAUCCUUUGUGGGAAGCUGAUGAGGAAUGAAUUCACAAUAACCCACGUCAUUAUCCCCAAGCAGUAUGGGGGCCCUGACUAUUGUAACACUGAGAACGAAGAAGAACUCUUCCUCAUUCAGGAUCAGUAUGGCCUUAUCACCCUGGGAUGGAUCCAUACUCAUCCCACCCAGACAGCUUUCCUGUCCAGUGUGGAUCUGCAUACACACUGCUCCUAUCAAAUGAUGCUGCCAGAGUCCAUAGCUAUUGUUUGUUCUCCAAAAUACCAAGAGACAGGAUUCUUUAAAUUGACAGACCAUGGCAUGGAAGAGAUCGCUUCUUGUAGACAAAAAGGAUUCCAUCCCCACAGCAAAGAUCCCCCUCUCUUUACUACCUGCAACCACGUGACUGUCAUGGAGCGGGAAGUGACAGUGCUGGACCUUCGAUAAAGCAGAUGCCUCUUGC